AUGCGCUUCAACUUCCUUCUAAUCAGCCAGCUGCCAACAGGUCGGUCGUCUUGCAACAGUAACAACAACAGCUGGAGCCCGCAAGUAAUAGCGGCGGAAGAUGCUGGGUCAGCAUCGUCGAUCAACGGCAAGGUAUAUGAAAUACCAGCCUCCCCCGAGCCACCACAGCCAGGGCAGGUCCGGGGGGAUGCGAUUAGUCGCGGCACGAUAAGCUCAGAGGUAGGCUCGCAUAUCUUGAGUGGUUUAAUGGGGCGAUUAAACCCCUUCUCUCCCACGGUUUCGCUGGCCGAGGAGGUCUCGCUGUCGUAUAUGCGCCGGUAUAAACCGUUCCUCCUAAGUGCCAUCUUUGCUGUCGCGAGCGGCACUAUUGUGCCACAGCUGCAGUCUGAGCUGGCACUGACGUUUACCCGCGACAUAGCAUCUCAUGUCAUGUUUUACAUGGAAAAGUCCGUCGACCUUAUCCAAGCGAUGCUAGUCUACGCUACGUGGCACAUGAGGCACCGCGAAUGCCGAGACUCUGGGUUUGGCGUCUACAUUCGCUUAGCUGCGCUUAUGGCCAUAAAUAUUGGGCUUAGUGAUCCAGGUAAAAUUAUGCUCGAGGGUGCCUUGGAAGAGCAGGCUGAAAUGCGCCGCACAUGGCUUAGUUGCUAUCACACCGCCUUGCUGAGUGUCUGUCAUUCUCUGGCGGCGGGCCUGCAACGUCGCGCCCAUGCACCCAGCUCUGCAGCAUGGUACGCUUGGCGCAGUUACGGAAAACGUGCCUAUGGUUUUCAGCAUGGCUGA